AUGUUGCUUAUGUUAACAAAUUCGCAAAAACAAUUUUGCAAAAUACAUCUGGAUUUUAUUUUUUGGGUCGGUAAUAUAUAAGCCUUUCGAUUAGUCGUAAAAAAACAUUGAAGCAGCCAGUAUAACUAUCAUUGCAAUUAUUUCACAAAAAUGAAACUUUUCUAUGUGAUAGUGAUCUAUGCGUUUUUAAAUGUUGUGGCAAAUGGUGCUUAUAAUACAGAAGUUAGAAGGAACCCUGAAGAUAAACUCACUGACGUACAUAUUGAUACAGAAAAUGUAGAAGAUAGAAAGAACCUUGAAACUACAAACGAACUCAUUCGCACAAUGGUUCUUAGAAAGACCGCGUGGUUCUACAUAAAAAAUUUUGCUUGGCAACAAAGAUUAUCGAUGAAGCAUUUGACUUUUAUGUUUGCGAUACCUGAACAAGAUUGUGAUAACAACUCCUUUCUCCAGUACAUGAUGGAGCUAUAUCUGCUAUAUAAUUUACUCGAAUACUCAGGCACUACUGUCGUUAAGCUUACACCUUUUGUUAAAGGUCUUGACAGUAUGGAUGACCUGGGAGCUAAGCGAAGAGAUCUGUUGCUUAAACCAUUAGGCGAUUUAAUAACGAAUAUUAUAAAUCAACCAGAGAACCAUCAUGUUGAAUUUAUCCACAUAUGUCGAAUCAUAGGAUUGUUCAUGAGUGUACAAUAUCCAAAACAAUACGCAACAAAUGCUGCUAUUUCACUCGACCAUACUUGUGUUAUAAGUCAUGGAGAGACAGUCAUAAAGUCAUACAAAUACGUUGGGACUGAUUUACAUAAUGUAGAUAACGAAAACCAUAUGUCGGUAGGGAAAAGCAUAACUCUUGAGUUAUAA